AUGCAAGUUUCCAAGUCAAGAAGACCAUUUUAUCUCCAAGUGUUAGUUCUCGCUGCGCGCAGAACGAAGCUUCGGAAGUUUGGCCGCGCGCGGAGGAGUUCCCGACGUCCAAAAGUUACGAUCUUGAUAUGGAAAGAUAGAUACUUGAGUCAUGCAUCACGUCGAAGUGGAAUGAAGCCAUUUGGAUCAACUAUGAGGCCUAGACUUAUUUUCUACCGAGACAUGUCCGGUAAGCGAGUAAACGAAGCCCAUGGAGGAUUUGGAGUGUCUAAUGGCCCGAGCAGCAGCGCCAAAGGCCUUGAUCGAAUAGAGAAGAGGCCUGGCUAA